CAGACGCGGCGCGCGGGGGCCGUUUCCCGCCGCCGGCUGCCUGUCGUCUGGGUCCUUCUGCUCUUCACGUGCCGCCUCACGGAGCCAUCUCACCGCCAGCUCUCUCCUUUGGCUUCUGCGUGCCUGGGGAAUGGCUCGUUCUGUAUCCCGGCUUCUCAGCCGCGGCGCUGCCUCGAGCCGGGCGGCGCCUCACGGCCCGGCCGCGGGGAUCUCCCGCCCGGGGAAGGCGAGGAGGCCCUGCGAGGCUGCGGGCGACAGUCCCUGUAACGUGAGAUGCCAAGCCAGCCACUCAGCAGGCUCUGAAAUGGGUCCGCGGGUGUUGUUGGUUCCCUCUGCCGUGGGCAAUGAGGCCAGGGCACAGCAGACUGGGAAGCGUCAGCCUGCUCUGCAUCCGCCUCAGCAGAGACGCCGAGAAGUAACCACGGAGUUUUCGUGUGUGGGCACCUCGGAGGAAGACGUGUGUAUUGAUGGCUGGACGGCCAGGAUACAUCACUUGUAACUACUGCUGGUUCUGAGAUCUGCUCCUUUGGCGGAGACCUGGCAGAGCAGAGCAGCUUCUGAGAAUCUUGCCAUGCACUGAGAAAACAAGAACUGCUACCCGAUUCAAGCUGAGCACCUCCUGAAAUCAGUAGUACUGCAUACAGACUGGGACAGUCAGAGUUAGGCUAAUGUGUUUGAAAGCUAACUGCUGGAUUUAAGGAAGGAACUGUGCACAUUUAACAAGAAACAGAAACAAGAAAAUCCUCCAGUGUUGCCUGAAAUACAUCUGAUAAAUGGACUUGAAUUUUCAGGUUACAUUGAACUUAUUAUUCAAAAGUUUCCAACGGAGUUUGAAUUGCAUGCUUUUGUUUGCAGAAGCAAAAAAACCCCUCAACCCUAGUUAUGUACUUCGGUGUCAUGGUUUAACCUGAAGUAGAAAAGGGAGACUGAAUACACGACUUGGAGGAACUGCUAAGAGAGUCUAAACAUAAUGUGACUGAACAAAAAAAACCCAACUCAUUAUAAAAAAACUAUGGAUAAGAACUUUCAAGAACAGUUUGCAGGUGUCAUUAAAUUUACUCCUCCUCUGUACAAGCAACGCUACCAGUUCGUUAAAGAUUUAGUGGAGAAAUACAAACCUAAGAAGGUGGCAGAUUUAGGAUGUGCUGACUGCACUCUUCUCUGGAUGCUGAAAUACUGCAGUUGCAUUGAAGUGUUAGCUGGGCUAGACAGCUGUGCAAGUGUAAUGAAAGAAAAAAUGUAUAAGUUGUCUCCUCUUCCUGUUGAUUAUUUGCAGCCAGCUCAAAGGUCCUUAACUAUUACCUUGCAUCACGGUUCAGUUGCCUGUAAAGAUCCUUGCAUGCUUGGUUUUGAUUUGGUAACGUGUAUCGAACUAAUUGAACACCUGGAAGAAUCAGAACUGAAUAAGUUUCCUGAAGUAGUGUUUGGUUUCAUGUCUCCAAGCAUAGUUGUGAUCAGUACUCCAAACUCUGAUUUUAACCCUUUGCUUAAGGGAGUGACAUUAUUCAGGCACCCGGACCACAAAUUUGAAUGGAAUCAAGUGCAAUUUCAAAGCUGGGCACUGGAGACUGCUGCACGUUACAAUUACUCAGUGGAAUUUACUGGUGUAGGGCUCCCACCAACAGGAAUGGAGAAAGUUGGGUUCUGCACUCAAAUAGCUGUGUUUGUUAGAAAAUAUUCUGAAACCAGUGAAUCUGCUCAGUUGGAGAAACCCUUGGAAGCAGUUUACAAAACAGUGUUCAAAGCAGUGUACCCGAGUCUUAAAGAUGAGAGGUACCUGCAGAAUGCAGUGGUCAGUGAAGUUAUUUUCACUAUACAAAUCAUUAAGCAAAAUCUGCUGGACUGCUUAAUGUCAGAACAUAAGGAGUGUAAUGAUGAUCCUACUGAGAGAAAAUCCAAAUUCCAUCCUUCAAUGAACCGUUUUUCAGAAGACCUUCGAAAACUGGUUGUGGAAAAAAGCUUGGAAUCAUUUGUCAAUGGAAAUGUGGCUUACAUCCCUCUUGCAACCAUCUUUUCUUUUCCCAAAGUGAAUCGCCUUUGUGGUACCUUUGAGAAGUUAUGCAAGCUUAUUGCUGGCAAGGUCACACUAAGCAGUGAUGGUUCUGCUGUGGUCUUUAAUAUUGAACAUUAAUAGAAUUAGAUCACAGAUUUCUGAUACAAGAUUCAGUUGAAGUAAUGACAUUUUUUUAGUAGAUGUCAAAUGGUAUGAACUAGAACCAGAAAAAUUCUCUAAACCUUCCAGCAUUUAGCCAUUAUUACCUCUCUCACUGAGCAGGUGAGUGCUUCUGACAAAGACCAUAGUAACUCAAACAGUUUUGAACCAGAGUAUCGGGCUAAAAUGAAAUAAUUGAUUCCUAUGAAGAAAUAUUUUAAGUAUUUACUUGCUUUCUGUUACCAUACUGUCUCACGACUAGAUGCUUUUUGGUAAUCUUCUGUUAGCUCCAAAGAUAGUUGAUGGCAACACAGAACUAUGUUGCAUUGAAUAAGUCAGACAUAGGUUAUGGGCAAGUUUUUUCCUAAUAGAGUAACAUUUUUAGGUGCCUUUUUCAAGAUAAGUACAUAUUCAGCUUUUAUAAAAACUAAAUACUGUUCCAAAUAAACUGGAAUAUGCCACAAACAUUUAUAACUCAGUAAAUGCAAUACUGGGAAAGACUGCCAUGAUGUUGGAUGUAAGGUGAGGAAAAAAUAAAGGUAGAUUUAGCCCUGUUGUUUUAUCCAGUUUCUUGAUGA